UUACACUUUACACAUACAUAUAUAAAAACAAGUUACAAAAAGUGUUUAAAAAAAUGUUCAGACUUCAAUGAAAUGAUGGUUCUACGUCAAAAUUAGGAUUAAUUGAGAAUGGGCUGUGUAGCGAGUAAACUAGACAUCAAUGAUGUUCAUUCAAAUAUAUUCACAGUUCUCAAUAUUGAUGAGAUGGGGUCUAGAGUAUGCCCUGGACAAAUAGAAAUCACAGAAAUAGAACUAGUUUUGUAUCAAAAAGGAAAAGAUCCGUUAAAAUGGCCGUUUAAAUCUUUACGGAGGUAUGGGUUUGAAGCAGAAAUGUUCAGCUUUGAAUCUGGUCGCAGAUGUGCUACUGGUCCUGGUAUAUAUGCGUUUAAGUGUAGAAGAGCUGAGAAUUUGUUCAAUCUACUGCAGGCGAGAAUCAGGUAACAGGUUAAAGGUUUUUUUCACAG